AUGAAAAGCAAGCUCAAAGGCGCAGAAACCGGCCACAGUUUAUUGAAGAGAAAGAGUGAGGCACUUACAAAGCGCUUUCGAGAGAUCACAAGACGGAUCGAUGAGGCGAAGAGGAAGAUGGGACGUGUCAUGCAAAUCGCCGCAUUCUCUUUAGCAGAGGUUACAUACGCCGUGGGUGGCGAUAUCGCUUAUCAGGUACAAGAGUCGGCCAAGCAAGCGCGCUUCCGGGUGAGAACGAAGCAAGAGAACGUUUCAGGGGUUUUCAUACCUGCAUUCGAAAGCUAUACGAAAGAUGAAAAUAAUGACUUCAGCCUGACUGGUUUGGGGAAAGGGGGUCAGCAGGUGCAAAGAUGCAGGGAAACAUAUGCGCGCGCAGUGGAGACCUUGGUGGAGCUUGCAAGCUUACAGACCGCGUUUGUAAUACUUGACGAGGUCAUCAAGGUAGUGAACAGAAGGGUCAAUGCGAUUGAGCAUGUCAUCAUCCCACGUACAGAAAAUACCAUCAGCUAUAUCAAUUCUGAGCUGGACGAGAUGGACCGAGAGGAGUUCUAUCGACUGAAAAAGGUCAAGAAUAACAAGCAACGUGACGCCGCCAGAGCGGAAGAACAGAACAAUAAGCAGGCUUCGAGUGACAAGGAGAACGAAGAAUCACCAUCCGACAUCCUCGGCGAACAAGAAGAUCCAGAUGUCAUUUUUUAA